CGUUUCCCCUUUAGCGCAGACACGGCGAAGCAGGCGCAGCUCAUGGAGCUGCUGAAGAAGGAGGUGAGAGCGAUGCUGAUAGCUGCCAAGGAGGGCCUAACGCCGGCAGAGCUGGAGGAGCAGUACAUGGCCAUGGUCUGCAAACCUCUGCCCCUCCAAGACCUGGGCUUCCAGUCCACCUUGGAGCUGGUGAGACAUAUGCCUGAAGUUGUCCAAGUCUCUUUUUGUAAGAAUGGCACCCUUAUCCUCAAAGCCAUUGCAGAUGACACCACCAAAGGCAUUGCCAAGCUGGUUGCCUGCCAGAAGGGAAGGACAUGUACUAAGGCAUGGAAGAGAACUCAUCUGAAGGCAAAUGCUGCUUCUCCCUCUAAGAACUCUAAGAAUCCACAACGUUCCCCUCUGAGAGCCAGGACUCCCAUCCUGCCAGCGACAGUGAAGGCUGAGCUGCAGGACCUGCUGAGCUCCUCAUCUCUUCUGCUCCAGGACUUGGACAAGGCCUUCCUCAAAUGCUUUGGCCGGGCGUUCCCGUACAGGCAGUACGGAUUUUCUUCUGUGCUUGAAGCCCUCAGGAGUGUGUCUGAUUCCAUUGUGGUUGAGCAAACAGAGGCAGGUUCUUUGCUGGUCCUGAGACAGUACAAGGCAAAUGAGGCAGAGCAGGAAGAGGUACCUCAAGGUGAGGCACAGGACGAAGAGAUGCUGCGAGCUGAGAUGCCUCCUUUGGAACCCGUCUGUGAGACAGAUAACUCCCCCCAGGCAGCACUUCAUCAGAAGUGGGAGCCAGCGGAAACAGAAGCAGUAGAUUUGGGUGAUCACCUCAAACAACCUCAAGAUUGUCAGCAGCUGCUACCAAACAAGCUGACACUGACUGAAGAAAUCCUCCCAGAUGCUGUUCAGGACAGAAGCCUUUGCAGUUUACCACCCCUGAAGAGAAGGUCCUUGGUGGGAGUCGUCGUGGAAUUCGUCGUCUCUCCCACCCAGUUCUACAUCCACAUCUGCGGCAGGGAAACAUCCCACGACCUGCAGGAUCUGAUGUUUGAGAUGAGACACCUUUACUCACAUAAACUCGUCUCUGAUAAAUACAUCAUGCCUGACUCCGCAGUACGGCCUGGACAGCUCUGCUGUGUAAUGGUCUCCAAGUGGUGGUACCGUGUUAUCAUCCACCGUGUGAUCAGUGACCAAGAAGUGGAGGUGUUCUAUGCAGAUUAUGGACACCUCCAAAUUGUCCAAAAGUCUUGGCUGAGAUUCCUCAAGUGGCAGUACUUGAAGCUCCCUGCUCAGGCCAUCCCGUGUUCCUUGGCAUGGGUAAAACCUGUGGAGGGUACGUGGUCUCCUGCAGCAACUCUCCUGUUCAAGAAUCUCUGUGGCUUCAAGGAGCUUGUGGGCAUUGUGGAUGAAUAUGUGGAUGGCGUUCUGCACCUCUUCCUCUGUGACACAUCCACCAAGGAGGAUGUCUACUUCCACUCUGUCUUGAGGGAUAUGGGAUAUGCUGAUGUCUGUGGAGAGAACAUUCCUUCCCAGGAAUUCAAGGAACUGAAUCCUUUGGCCUUAUAUGUUCAGCCCAGUGGAGAGCAGGAGAAUGCUGAACUGGUGGAGCCAGACCUUUGCUUUCAGCAGGAAUCUCUGGUUGCAGAUAGUGAAACAACAUCCUCAAAGCUGGAUGGGGCUGAGCUGUGUGACCAGGUGAAGAGAACAUGAAGAAUGAAGACCUUCCCAGGAGUUGGCCUCUGUGGAGCCAACCUCACAGACUCCAUGUCCCUCCUGCCACACUCUCUGCAGUGUUGGCAGCUGCACGAUUGGCCACUUCCCAUGCCCACUUCCAGUGGCUCCCCAGCCUAGGAAGGCAGGUGUGAGAAGAGGGGAGAAACUGGAGCUGCUGCUGAGGAAGGCUGCUGGGAGCAGCACAGACUCUCUCUAUGACCAUGCUGUUGGGUUGGUUUUUUUUGGGUUUUUUUUUGGUUUUUUUUUUGUUCACAAACAUUUAAUCCCUUGAAAAACUUUUUGGGUCUGACAUCUCAGGUGGACUAGGUGAUCCUUAAAGCUCUCUUCCAACCCAAACCGUUCUAUCGUUCUGGUUUUUUUUUAAUUUCAGCAUUUUGGGUUUGAUUUGGGAUGUGAAAGUGCUAAAAGUGUUAAUUUUACUUUCAGGAAAAUAGUUUGGGUUUGUAUUUUUAGUUUCAGGGAGAUACUUUAUUUUUGUUGUACUGGUGGUCUACUGAGUUACUGCUCUUUAAUAUAGUGGUUCAGGAGAACAUCUAAGUGUAACAUUGUGUUCUAUAUCCUUUAAGUUUAGGAGAGGGAAACUGGCUGCCUAUCCCUCCCUCCCUCAGUGCAUGAGCAGUUUUGACAUUGGUUUUUAAGACAGUGGGUGCUCUACACACUCCUUGCUCUGAGGAGGGCUGAAGAAACCUUCCCCAAGAAGAAAGUGCUGUGAUUUGUUGAAUGCCAUGUAUACAAAGCAUCAGGAAUUUCAUCUCACAUAUAAAUAAAAUUGUAAAGAAUCUAGCAAGAGAAAGCUUGAA